CCGGCCUGAGGGGUGGCUGUCAUGGGCUAGACUGGAUCAUUAGCAGCAUAGUUUAAUCACCGAGUCAUUAGAAAUCUCGGUAAUGAGGAGGGGGAGGGGUUGGCCGGCACGAGCGUCCUGCCGACAAAGGGCUCCCUCCUGACUCGCUAUUCUCAGACGUUUUCGCCUCUCACAUCAACUGAUUCCAAAGGCCAAACAGGAGGUUGAUUGGGUUCUGAUGAGUGUUCUUUUAGGUUCAUAGUACAGAAGAAUGAUCAGACUAUCACCAGGGCCAUAAAACUAUCCCUACAAAGGCCCAGAACUCCUAUGAAACCCUUUGAAUAUGACCCGUGUCUUAUUAAACGCCGAUCUAAAACCCAUGAACGGUGAUGUUGAAUGCCUUUACCAGCUUAUCUAGGUGACUGAGGCUGCUUCAUAAUGGCCUAAUGAAAAAUUCAAACUGCUACAUAAGGUCGCUGGCCACACACAACGCUUGGGGCCCGUCUGUGCCCCAGCGGCACAAGUUACCUGAGCAAGGAGCCUUCACCUGGCUGGCCGCCCCAAGACAUGAACUACGGUAUGUAUGGGCCCAGCAGAUCACCUUAUGGCAACUAUGGCAAUUAUUGGGGGGGUUACAGUCGCCCUCCCCACCCUCCUCCUCCUCCACCCAUGCCACCUCAUGAGCCACCAACCUUCCAUCCACCGCCACCACCUCCUCCUCACUUCCGUCCCAUGAGACCACCUCCCCACGCUCUUCGUCCCCCUCCUCCUCCGCCUCCAAUACGGCUGCCCCGCCCUCCUCAGCAGCAGCCGUACCCCCACCAACACCCACCCUCCCGCCAGCCACACUACCGGCAGGACAGGAAGAUGUCCAUGCCACCCCCCCACCGUCCUCCUCCCCCUGACCACCCAUCAAACCAGCCAUACUCACGGCUAAGACACAGCAACGGCAGCCUUCCCCCACGAAGAGGUGGUGAGUUUGGGCACCAGUCAGAGAAACCAGACUCCGAGCCUGCUCCAAGCAAGCCAGAAGAGCCCACUGUCGGCUCUCCCCUUGUCUCAAGAAACAAAGAACCUGAGCCACCUCCAUCAUCUCCCACAAAUAAAUCUUCCCCCCCCAACAAUAAGAGACCAUUACCAGUGGAGCUUGAUCCAAACCUCCCAGAAGAGCUCGUUGCAAAGUUCCACAACAAUUCAUGCGAGUUAUGUGAGGUUAAACUAAAUUCUCGCAUUCAAGCAAAAAAUCACUAUGAAGGCAAGCAGCACCGAAAAAAAGUAAAAAAUUAUGUGGUUGAGAAUGCUCGGAAGGAUGGUCAGCCACCAGCAAAAAUAGCAAAAUUAGAUAUAUCAACAUCUAAAAAGAAAUUGGAGCCCUUGGAUGUAAGCCAACUUUAUUGCAAGUGCUGUGACUUGAGUUUCACCUCUGAGCAACAUGCACAGCAACACUAUAUGGGACGCAAUCACCAGCGUGUCUUGCAUGGGCUCAAGCCACUGAAGGCAGGGUACUACAAUAAAGAGACUGGAAAGUGGCAGAGAAUGCCUCCAGAUCCCCGAGUGUCUGUAGAGAGACUCGGACUCAACAUGGAACCCACUUCAGAGGAUGAAAGUGGCGAGACUCCCAGAAAGCCAAUUGAUCCUGACUGUGUCAAGGAAAGAGGAAGAUUUUUCUGUGAGCUAUGCAAUGUGUCAGCCACCUCCCAGGAUCAGCUUGAUGGCCACAUAACAGGCCAGCGGCACCUUAAGGCUGUAAGACUCCAUGCGAAGAAGACCUCAGCCACAGCAACAGGUCCUAGUGAUAGCAUCUUGGCAAGUGUAAUAAAAGCUGAUGAAGCCAAGAAGACCAAAUCCAAAGAUUUGUCCAUAUACCGGACACCCUCAGGAAAAUACUACUGUUCCCCGUGUGACCUCACACUAAACUCUGAGAGUCAGUUUGCUCAACAUGUAGAGUCCAAGAAGCACAAGACCAGAAGAAUCAAGUGAUUUACAAGGUCAAACAAUUUUUUCAAAUAAUCUUGUUCACCAGAGGUGGGCGAGAGCCAUCAAUGCUCAUCAGAGGCUUAGUAAGUUCUCAAAGAUACUGUAAGUACUUAAAUGUGUCUUGUAUUUUUGUUGUUGUUGUUGUUGCUGUUGUUGCUGGGAGGGUUGAUUACAGAUGUCUUAGUUCUCAGUACGGUAGGCUUGUAAUGAGUGCUGAAAAUUUACAUUAGGCAUGCAUUCUUUUAAUUCACUUGCAUACUGAGUAUAGGAUUAAAACUGCAUUAAGAACAUUACACAUGAAUAAAACUAUUACAUUACUGAUGAAAUUAACCCUUGGUUUUCUGCCCACAAAAAUUUAAGAAAACCUUUUUACAGUCAUGGAGUGACACAAUGAUAUCCUUUUCUUUGUGAGCUGAGUUAUUACAGUCUGUAUUCUGUUUGAUCAUUAUUGUUUACAUUAAACAAAAAGACUGUCAGAUUUAAUUUUGGGUCUUGUUUUGCAUCAUACUAUCAUAGUCAUUAUAAAAAGCAAUAAGGAUUCCUAAAUAAGUUGUAAGUAGGAAUCAUCACCAUUUACUGCCCCAAGAGUAAGGGUGCCUCCAUCACUAAAGUGUUUGGCAACCCUCACAAUAUCAUGUCUGCUCCUCUGUAUUCACUCUCCUCGACCACUAAUCUUAUUGGUACUACACAGUUCUUCUAUCAUAUCUUUACUCGAUUAUUUUUUUUUAUGUUCA